AUGGCGAAUUCGGAAGAUCUGAAACCAAACAAAGUUCUGCAGCAGUUUAUCUCUUGCUUGCCUGCGAAUGAACGUGCGCAUGUCACCUCUCUUUUGUUACAAAUACGCCGUAAUCUUGCAGAAGUCAUUCCCCCUAAAAGGUCAAUUAAACAAUAUCUUACGCUGAUACACGAGCUAAAUGGUUUCUUCUCCCGCCUGCCAUUACACGUUCGUGGAAAUCUGACAUCUCUCCUUCUCAAUGGACUUGAAUGCAGUUUUCGGCAGUCUAGCAUUUCGUUUGCCAUAUUUACCACUUGUCUAUGUCUGUUGGAACUGGGUGCCCUGCGUAAUGUGGAUAGACUUGAUUUGGAAGGUAGGGGCGUUUGGACCGUCAUAGAACGUCUUAAUUCUAACAUACUACCAGAAUUAUCAGAUCAUGUAUCAUUGCAACGCACAAACAUGCCAACCUUGUGCGCCUGGGCUAUGGGCAUGCUCAUUUUCUCCUUCACAGCCUGUUAUGAGUGGCUCCAGUGCCGACGCUGUGGUCCGGAUUCGCAGGAGAAUUUCUUGAACUUCAAUCAGAAUGUGCUGCAACACCCCAGCUUGCCGGCGGUGAUGAAGUCCUUGUUGACGUUGCAGUCUAAGCACCGACCGUUUCCUACUCCUCCGGAGCCAUAUUCUUUGUUCGAUUUGCUCUUCUCUUCUGCCGUUUCGAGCAACUCCAAUUUGUUUGAGCAUUGCAAGGCACCCGCUUCCAUCAGCUCAGAUCAAUCCCCGUUGGAACUGUCCGAACCUGCUGUUGGGGCCGAAACGACCGUACUAAGUAUCCAUACAACGAAGCCACCACAUGAAUACCUUCUGAAUUCCCAAGAUUUAGAAAAUUUGACGCCGUGCUCUCUGGCAAAUCAGCUUCAGACAGGUACACCUGACCAAAUUAUGGCAUUCCUCAAAGUCUUCACCGUGUGCUUCAAACAACCUUUAUCAACCACCUCGGAUGAGUUUGUUGAACGCUUGAUCACCACAUUGCGCCACACAACACACAUAUUAACGCGUCUUUAUCCUACUAGUUCAGAAUGUUCCUCAACGUCAGCCAUUUAUGAACAGGCCUAUUGCUGUCUUGUUCAGAUGUGGUACCGGGCAGCGGAACAACGCACUCUUCUGGUCGCUUUCCCUCAGUCGUACCUCUGGCUGGCUGGUCUUAUGCGUCCACGCUAUGAGGCAAGUUUGAACUUUCCAGUUCUGCAGCUGUUUGCAUUAUAUACAGUUUACACCGUCUUCUUUAUGAAUGGUUUUCAGUGUUUGUCUCAGUCUGGUUUCGUUCGGGCUGUUGCUUGUUUGUCUCGGUUCAUCACGGCCUAUCAAGCCCUCUUCCGCUCCCAGAUUUUGGCAUCACCUCACUGGUACCUGCAGCUCAUUACCGACGUAGUCAUCGCUGUCAUUGAUCGACUAGAGGAAGGCCAAAGAAACCCUUCAGACCAGUUGGAGGAAGCCAUGUGCUCUUGCCUGGUAGCCAUCAGCCGCCCGUACAGUGCAUUAAAUGCAACCGAUCCAACAGUUCGCCCAGAACUAUCUCGUGCCAUCAAGACUCCGUUGGAGUGUAUCAUAUCCCGAAUGGCUUCAUGCCGGUCGGCUGUCUGCCAGCGAGUGAAAAUGGGCGAUAAACCAAUAAGCACUCAAAACACCGAACUUCUCCAUAGACCAGCUAUUGGUCCUCGUCUUCGGGAUAUACUUACAAACUACCUGCUUUAUCCGAUGCUCCAGGUUAUCGAUACUUGGGCGUUGGGUCAGAUGCGCAUUGGCAUACGACCAGCUGCAGCGAAAGUCCUGCUGAUGCAGUUAGUCAAUGAGGCUGAAUGUUACUGGGAGGGCCCACGUCCCAGUCAAUCCAGAAUGACGUUACCAAAAACUGCUGUGGCUGUUGGUGGACUACAUGUAGCGGAGAAACUGGCUGUAAAACAUAAAAGGUGA